AUGCCUUCUCAAAUUCAACCAUGGCGGGAGCCCAUUGCCAUUGUGAGCAUGGCGUGUCGUCUCCCAGGUGGCAUUGACAAGCCAUUAGACCUCUGGGACCAUGUUAGAGCAGGCCGUUCGUCGGCCACUCCCAUACCAAAAGAUCGAUUCAACACAGAGAACUUUCUUUCCAUGGACCCCAACAAGAAGGGAGAACAGGCUUUCAGAGGUGCACACUUUGUGAAGGGUGACAUAAAGCAGUUUGACCACAAGUUCUUUGGUAUAAGCAAAGAUACAGCAACUGCCAUGGACCCUCAACAGAAGCAGCUUCUUGAGGUUGUCUAUGAAUGUCUCGAGUCGGCCAAUAUCUCCAUGGAAACCAUUUCCAAGUCCAAGAUUGGAUGUUACUGUGCGAUGUUUGUCAGUGACUAUCACGACAUGCUGAUGCAAGAUCCUGAGUACCUUCCAACCUUUAUUGCUAUUGGAACGACACGCACUAUGCUUGCAAACCGUAUCAGUCACGCACUUGACCUUGGUGGUCCCAGUGUUACUAUCGAUACAGCCUGUUCUGGUUCCCUUGUCGCAUUGCAUCUUGCUUGUCAAGCACUGCAAGCUGGCGAGUGUGACGGUGCUGUUAUUGGUGCAUCCAAUUUGUUCCUAAGUCCUGAUUACGCUCUGUCACUUACGCGACUUGGCGCUAUAGCUGCAGAUGGACAGUGCAAGACAUUUGACGCCGCCGCAAAUGGAUAUGGUCGUGGUGAAGGGACCAACGCUGUGUACAUCAAGAGGCUCAGCGAUGCUAUUCGGGACGGAGACAACAUCAGAUCCAUCAUCCGGGGUACUUCUUCCAACAGCUCUGGUGCUACCCCAGCAAUCACAGAACCCUCUGGGCGGGCCCAGAGAGAUACUAUCUUGCAGGCUUACGCUCAAGCUGGAAUUGAUAACUUUAGCGAGACAGGAUACUUUGAGUGCCACGGAACUGGUACACCCGUGGGCGACUGCAUAGAGCUUGGAGCAGUUGGCGAAGUUUUUAGUGCCAGCCACAACUCUGGAGACGCCCUUUGGGUUGGCUCUACCAAACCAAACGUGGGACAUUCAGAGGCAGCUAGCGGUUUGAGCAGUCUCAUAAAAGUGGUGUUGGCUUUAGAAAAGGGAGAGAUCCCUCCAAACACCAACUACAAGACACCGAACCCCAAGAUCGACUUCGACGGUUGGAGAGUUCGUGUAGCAACGAGCGCUCACCCUUGGCCCUCAAAGUCCAUACGUCGAGCAAGUGUCAAUUCUCUCGGUAUCGGUGGAUCAACUGCGCACGCCGUCGUUGAGUUCUACGAGCCGCUGAAGAUCACCAAUGGGUCUGCCAAUGGUGUCAAUGGAACUAAUGGCGUGAAUGGAACCAACGGAGUCAACGGUACUCACUCGUUAACCAUUACCAAUGGUACCAAUGGCCACCACGAGGAGAACAACGCCGACAAACCCUCAUUCCUGACGUUCGUAUCUGGCGCGUCUCGCGACUCGAGAGACACAAACAUCAACAAUCUUCUGGAUUUCCUUAAAACUCACGACGAAUGCCAUGAGUUGACGGGUCCCCUCAUCACAGCACUGAAUGCUCGAAGCCAGAUUCACAUCCGACCGUGGAGGUCAUUUGCCGUUGCCCAGACAGUCGGUAAUCUCAUUCAGCAGCUGGAGGGCAAGGCAAUGAAGACCAACCAAGGACCAGUUGGUGGCAAUGAGCCCGAUAUGCUCUUCACAUUCACUGGUCAAGGUGCCACAUGGUCACAGAUGGGUAGACGUCUUCUUGAGACGUUUCCCGUAGCGCGUAACACGUUACACCAGCUUGACGAUGUCAUCAGAGAGCUUUCAUCAUCAGUCAAGUCUGCAUGGUCUUUGAUAGGCAAGCUUACUGCCGAGCUCACCCAAGAUGAGAUUAAUUUGCCAUCACUCGCACACCCUCUAUCCAUCGCGGUACAGAUUGCUCUAGUCGACCUUCUAGCCAGUUGGGGUGUGGUUCCCGAUGGCGUUGUUGGCCAUUCUGGCGGAGAGACAGCUGCCGCGUACGCUUGUGGUGCUCUCACAGCGAAGGAAGCCAUCACAGUCGCUUACUACCGUGGUAUCGCCUGCCAGAAUGCCCCCGCAGGCUCUAUGCUUGCUGUGAAAAGCGAUCCCAACGCAAAGGAGCUUCAAGACGCACUGGAACGCAACGAUGUGCAGAUUGCUUGUUUCAACGGUCCCCAGAAUCUCACUCUUGCGGGUCCCACGGAGGGGAUCAAGAACCUGGCUACUGAGUUGAACAGUCACGGCAUUGUUUCUAGGGCUGUUGCUGUCACUCGAGCUUACCACACCCGAAUCAUGAAGGCAGUUGUCGAUGACUAUGUCGCGCGCCUUCGCAGUGUUAUUCAUCCAAAGGCAGGACGGGUUCCCAUGUAUUCGUCUGUCACUGGCCGUCAGUUGGAGGGCACUGAGGUUGGUGCUGAUUACUGGGGAUCAAACCUUGUUUCGCCAGUUCUCUACACUGAUGCAGUCACACUAGCCAUGACCCAAACGGACCACAAGUAUGGGUUGUGUGUUGAGGUUGGGCCUCACUCAUUGCUUUCCAGACCAACAUCUGAGAUUGUCAAGUCGCUUGCCGAUGCGCCCCAGCUGCCUUUCUUUGCCACCAUGCUCCGAAACGCAGACACCAACCAGCAACUUAUGAGUCUUGCGGGAGAUUUGGUUCUCAGCGGUAAGCGCCUGGAUCUAGACCAAGUGAACAAAGCCAGCUUGUUCAAGGGCGGCAAGCCCGCUCGUCUUCCCAACCACAUUCAAGACAACCUUCCUGCUUAUGCUUGGGACUAUUCCUCUACACCCUGGACCGAGCCACGAAACAGCUCUGACUGGCGUUUCCGCAAAUCGCCACGACACGAGAUCCUGGGCACCCGCUGCCGAGGCGCAAAUCCUUCCGCACCCACUUGGAGGAACAGGGUGUCAGUUGAAGAUGCGCCUUGGCUCGUUGAUCAUCAGGUCAAUGGCAUUGUCACCUUGUCUUUCACUACCGGUAUCGCCAUGGUCGUUGAGGCCAUGAUGCAAUUGCAAGAAGAGACCAAAGAGGCCGACUGGACAAACUAUUCGUUUGAGUUGGAAGACUUUGUCUUUUCUAACUCCAUCAUCCUUCCUGACGAAAAUGCGAUUGAGCUCUUCCUCACUCUAAUUCCACGAAGCGACAACACCAGAUCUGACGGUACAUGGUACGACUUUACCAUUUCGUCACUCAGAGGUGACGUUGAUAUCCGCCAUUGUCAUGGAAAGGCUGCAGCCUUGGAGAGCAACGACGGCGCCUUUUCCCAGUCCAGAACCUCGUGGCACCAUAUGCCACUUGAGGUCCCGCUCAAGAGUUACUACAAGACUCUGGAACGAGUCGGCUAUGGCUACGGUCCCAAGUUCCAGCUUCUCAAUGAAGUGCGAGUUCGACCAGGUCUCUCAGCCUGUGCUGCCAAGAUCGACAUGGUGUCGAGCGGUCAAUCGCCAGUUCGCGGCCAGAGAUACCUUUUGCACCCCGCCAUGAUGGACGCAGCUCUCCAGACACCUGCAUUGGCCAAUCGUUCCGGAUACUUCCAAGAGAUCGACACCUUGCUUCUACCUUCCCGCAUGAAGAAGAUCUCCAUUCGUAUGCCCGCCAACAAGACUGACAUCGCCUCUUGCGCUACCAACACAUCACCUGUCGGUUUCACCCGAAUCGAAGGAAGUGUCCAGUGUUACGAUACUUUGUCGAAGCCUUUCUUCGUGGUUGAAGGUCUGCAGAUGGACAGAGCAACGGCUGAGGACCAGACUACCCUUCCUUGGCUGCGACUCAAAUGGAAGCCUGAUAUCGGCGACAUCUCUCAGAAUGGUGCCUCAACCAGUUCGAUCCAGAUCAGGAGUCUUCCAGCAGAGAAGAAGCUUAUCAACCUGGAGGACUUGGUCAAGGAACUCAUCCCUCUCAUUGUUGAGAAUGGUAUUGAGAAGGGUGAGAACUUGGCUCCUCAUUUGCAAUCGUAUCAUGCUUGGUUGCUGGAACAAGCUGAGUUGCACAAAGAAAAGCUCGUUGCCCGCCACAUGCAGAAUGGAUUCGCCACAGCUGAAGACGCCAUCAUGAAUGUCGUUGCAAAUUCUGGGAUCUCGGAGACUGUCGAUGCCUCCAUUGUGUCGCAACUUGCAAUUAACAUGGCAAAGAUCUUUCGUGGCGAAGUCGAAGCCCUGGCGGUUUGGCUCGAGAAUGAUUUGCUCUACAGGUUCUACGAAGAGAGCAUCUUCACCACGAGCAUGAACCAGAAGCUUCGCUCUGUCGCUGAGCUUUUGGCGCACAAGAACCCCAACAUGAAGGUCCUGGAGAUUGGAGGUGGAACUGGUGGCGCAACGACCGAGCUGCUUCAUGGCUUCUCCAAGGCUGGAGGGCCUAAUGCUUACCAGUCGUUCACCUUCACUGACAUCUCGGCUGGUUUCUUUGAGAAGGCCAAGAAGAAGUUUUCAGCUUGGGACAGAAUGGAAUACAAGACUCUCGACAUCGAGAAGGACAUCUCUGAGCAAGGAUUUGGCGAGGAGAAAUAUGAUCUUGUGGUUGCAGCCAACGUUCUGCAUGCCACUGCUAACUUGCCGUUCGCAAUGAAGAACAUUCGUUCAUUGCUACGUGAUGAUGGAUACCUUUUGGUUGGUGAGCUGUCAGAGGACCUCACAUCGGCCAAUUUCCUCUGGGGUCCCUUGACUGGCUGGUGGCUGCGUCCUCGAUCCCCAGGUCGUUCUGGUCCUGGUCUUUCCAUGGAUGAAUGGCGGGACGAGCUCACUGCGGAUUUCGAUAACGUUGUCGAGAUCGAGGCCGGACGCGAUAUGGCUGCUUCGGAUCAAAUCUCAAGCACUAUCGUGAUGACAGCCAGAGCAAAGCCAAUUGACUACACUCCACCCGAGCCACUAUCGGAACAGAGGGUGCAUAUCGCUGGAGUUGGCGAUGACUUUUCUCACGACCAGAUCGCGCACCGACUUUCCAAACGUGGUAUUACUACAACAUCCAGUAGCCUUGAGGAUCUCGCUACUCGAGAAUGGUCGGGAGAGUGGCUCAUCAUCAUGGACGAGGCUGAAGGAAGUUUCCUUGCUUCCCUCGACUCUCAGCAGUUGGAGGCUUUGAAGUCCUGGCUUACGAAGCCCAUCAAGUGCAUCUGGGUUACCCAAAAGGUAUACCUCGACCCGCAAAACACAACGGGAGGUCUGGUGACAGGUUUCGCACGAACCCUCCGAGGUGAGAAUAGCCAGAUGGAGCUGUACACAUUGGACCUGAGCAGCGAGGGCGACGAUAUCGCUAACAUCAUCGACCACGUUUUGGAACGAGCCUACUACUCUCACGGUGAUCCAAUCUCCAGACUGGACUACGAAGUGGCUGAGAAGGAUGGACAGCUCUGGACGUGCAGGCUCGUGAAGGAUGCUGGCUUGGAAGAAGCAUUUGGUCCUGCACGAAAGAUGGAAGUAUCUACUCGCGAGCUAGUUCAAACUCCUCAUCACUUGGUCGUGGGAGAACCAGGCAUUCUAGACAGUCUAGCCAUGGCCCAAAACGAUGGACACUCGGUGUUGCCACAUGGGCAUGUUCUUGUUGAGGUCAAGGCUGUAGGUCUUGACGAACGGGACGGGCGAAUCGCUCAAGGGUCUCUUCCGGCGUUGGAGUUCGGUCGCGAGUGCUCUGGUGUUGUCAAGAGCUGCGCUGCUGAUGUCACUUCACUCAGUCCAGGAGAUCGUGUUGCCGUUAUCGGCCAGGGAACUUUCACUACGCAAUACCUGGCUCCUUCAGGUUGUUGCGCCAAGAUCCCCGACUGGCUUUCUUUCGAGGAUGCUGCCGCGAUCCCAGCCAGCUUUGUCACUGCGUUGUACGCGUUGACCACGUCUGCGAGAAUCACGAUAGGCCAGAAAAUUCUUGUUGCCAACGCCACAUCCGCCCAAGGCAUCGCUUUGAUCAAGACAGCCAAGGCGCUCAAGCUCGACGUCCACGCCACAACCAGUGAUGGUAACAAGUCUCUUUUGACCAAGCAUGGCGUCAGUUCAUCCAGCAUACUCCCCGUCUCUACGAAUGCUGGUCGUCUCAAUGCUUCUCGCUCUGCCAAUGGCCAAACGUACAAGCUUGUACUGAACACUCAAUCUGGCCAAUACGCGAGCUUUUCUCACCUGGUUGCGAACCGUGGAACUUAUGUCGAGCUCGGCUCUGGAGGAACGCACGAUGAUGAAAGCGGUUUCCGACCUAACAAGAACGUCAUGUUUGCUUCCAUUGAUCUCUCAGAUGCCUAUAAUGAGAGCAAGGAGGACCUUGGAGAACUGCUUGGUCAAGUUAUGGCUAUGGUUGAGAAGCGAGUCCUCAACACAGACGUGUCGGCUUCGGUGUCUGGGCUUCACUCACUGCAGCCCGCCUUCUCAGCACUUUUGGAAGGUGGUUCGCAGAAGCAGGUCAUCUCACUUGCAGAUGUCGACGAUGGGCACAUGAUCAAGACACGACCCAAGACUUCUGUCUUCGAUCCUCGAAAGACCUACAUCAUCACAGGAGGUCUUGGUGGUCUGGGCCGUGCGAUUGCAGUCUGGAUGGCUAGCUACGGCGCCCGAAACCUCAUUCUGGCUACCAGCUCAGUCGCAAGGGCCUGUCAGUCUGGUGAUCUGCUACAGCAACUAUCAUCCUACGGAUGUCAUGCCAGAGUUGAGGUCUGCGAUGUGGGCGAUUCGUCGGCUGUUGAGCGUCUCAUCUCCAGUAUUUACACUCCUGUCGGUGGAGUUAUUCACUCAGCAUUGAGACUUAGUGACCGAUUCUUCGAGGACAUCACCUUAGACGACUUCGACGCAGUGUUUAGUCCUAAGGUCAAUGGUGCCUUGAACCUUCACCACUGCCUUCAGGGUCACGAUCUUGACUUCUUUGUCAUGCUGAGUUCGGGAUGUGGAGUUCUGGGUAACGAGGGUCAAUCCAACUACUCGGCAAGCAGCACGUUCUUGGACACAUUUGCCCGCUACCGUCAAAGCCUCGGUCUUCCGGCCUCGUCCAUUGAUCUUGGCUUCGUGGAGGAUGUUGGAAACAUCAGCGAGCGUCCUGAGAUCCAAGCUUCCUUGCUGUCUCGUGGUCUUCGACCUAUCACAGUGCGCGAUGUUCUGCGUGUGGUCGAAGGUGCUAUUGCUACGUGCACUCCCAAGCAGGUCAACGCUGUCACUGAGUCUGCUUACGAUGACCUUUCGCAAAGUCAGAUUGUCCUCAGCUUUGGUAUGAUCGACAAGGCCACAGCAGAAUGGCAAUCCUGGGCCAAGGACACAAAGUUCGGCUUGCUGCGAUCCAAGGCCACUGAUAAUGUGGCAAGCGAUGCCGAUGCGGGCGGCGGAGAGAGCGCAGUCCAGACGGCUGUCAAGGCCUUCCGAAACACUCUUGGUCGAUUGGGUGAUGCAUCUGAGGGCAAGGUAGCUGCUUUGCAACCUUUCAUCUGCACUGCUCUUGUUGCCAAGCUGGCGCAAGUACUGUCUAUGAAGAUUGGCGACAUUCAGCCAACGAGAUCGGCUGUUCAGUACGGUAUGGAUUCACUCAUUGCUAUUGAGGUUAGGUCCUGGGCAAGAUAUGCCUUCCAGAUCGACCUACCUAUCAGUGACUUGACGAACCCGUACAGUAUUCAGGAUUUGGCGGCUAGGGUUUCUCGAAUGAUUUUGUGA